UACACAACAGGCAGACACUCAGACACGCUACACGUACAAUAUUAUAUAUUAUGUUAUAUUAAUAUAUUUAUACGCGCGUGUAUGUGUGUGCGUGUGUGCGUGUGUUCAUAUCGUGCCUGCCAUUUUUUCGUCCGAUUUUUUUUGUUGGCCUUUUCCGGCUGUACUGUGCGUUUUACAGUGCAAGUAAAACGUUCACGGCAUUCACCGUUUUUAUCGUACCAACGAUAUAAAGACUGACCAGGAACACUCACUUCAUCAGACCAUCAACAUUAGACUCUAUUACGCUAUACAAUACGAUCAACGGACGCCACCUCGAAGACGACGGCACAACGCGCGUGUUCACGCACCACCUCCAUACGUGUUCUAUUCGCCGUUUGCCGGCGAUGUCUUCGACCAACGUCGAAUUGAUCGACGACGACGACUCUGGCAGAUGAAAUUCAGUAACCCGCAGCACUUAGGGAAUUUCAAGGUAUUUGAAGCAGAAAGACGACAAAAUACAUUUUAAUAUUAAAUUAAUAUUGUUUGAUUCUACGCUAUUUCAAUGUCUAACAACCAACAACACGAAGAAUAUACAAUUUUAGCAACGGGCUCAAACAACCGAGGCCAAAUGUCUCAACCUCAUCUUACAUUUACACCACCCACUCAAGUGUUCCGAAGUGAAUGGCAACGUUUUCCAGAAUUUCAUGCUUGGUUACGGCCUAUUGAUGGAGAUGUAACAAAAGCUUGGUGCAUUGCAUGUGAACGAAUGUUUCGUGCAGAUUUAAAGUCUUUAAGAGUCCACGGUGUCAGCAAAGCUCAUGUGCGUAUGGUUAGAGCUCGUUGUCCUAAUGCAGAUGACAAUCCUGUUCCACCAAUUGAAUAUAAUGUGGUGACUGACAAAAAAGGUACUUAUGGUAUAGCUGUAGUAACUAAUAAGGAAGACAAAUCAUCACUUGCGUCAAGAGCAUUGUAUAUGAAUCAAACAAAUCCUACUGAGGAAAUAAUUACAUCAGAAAUGGCAGCACAAUCACAACGUGACAAAUAUGUAGUGGUGUCAUUACCUAACGAAGAUGAUGAUGACAAUGAAGGUCCACAAGCUUCUAGCUCAAAUACCCAAUAUAUACAAAAAGAAGUGAAUGUAAUCGAUGAGACUGGUAAUUUGGUGUCUGUGGUUACUGAACAUCAUGUACAAAAAAAUAAAGACAAUGAUGAUGAUUAUGAAGUUGGUCUUCAAUCAAAUGAUUAUCAUAGUACAUCUAAUUAUGAAAAAAUGGAUCAAAAACAUGAAGAAAACCAAUGCAAAGCUAUUGUUUCCAAACCAGCACCAUUUUGGAAAGCCACAGCUGUCGUUAAUGGCCAUGUGACAGAAUUAAAAUUAAGUGACUAUAGUGGUCGUUAUUUGGUCCUAUUUUUUUAUCCUCAAGAUUUUUCUCGUAUUUGUCCAAGUGAGCUGAUUGCAUUAAGUGAUAGAGUAUCUGAAUUCAGAGCACUAAACACUGAAGUAGUGGCUUGUUCUGUGGAUUCAUACCUUUCUCACCAGGCAUGGUCGCGUACAUUGCGCUCUGAUGGAGGCAUUGCAAUACCUAAAAUGCCACUACUAUCUGAUCCAACGCAUGCCAUUAGUAAAAGUUAUGGAUGCUAUUUAUCAGAGCUUGGCCAUUCUCUCAGAGCUCAUUAUAUAAUAGACAUGAGAGGUAUUUUAAGACAUGUGACAAUUAAUGAUCUACCUGUAGGGCGGAAUAUCAGUGAAAUAUUAAGACUUUUAGAAGCUUUUCAAUACACUGAUGAAACAGAAACAUUAUGCCCUGCUGAUUGGAAACCUGGCGAACCAACUAUAUCAUAAUUGUAUUAUUUUUAUUAUUAUUAUCACUACUGCUAAGCUAUUUUAAAUUUAUAUUAUUAUUAUAUUUCACUUAUUCCACUAAAUAAAAGUUAAUUUAGUGAACUUAACAACUUUAUAAUGAAUAAUAUUCUUCAUGAUGUACUCCAUUUAUGUUUACAUUCAUAUUAUAUGUAUAAUGUAAAUCUACAUCUAUAAUAUACUGGAGAA